UAUCACACAUAUUUACCCGGAUAUUCACUGGAACUCCUCUACAAGACGUUAUGCAAAGAGGGAUCGCGUACUCUACUGCUGCUUAGAGACGGCACCGUUGAGAUCAAUAACAAUAAGUGCGAGAACAGGACGACAACCGACUUCUCGAUAUCACCGGAAAGUGAGAACAACUCCAAUGUGUUUGACAUCAAACAGAGCGGCGAAGACACCGACCAAACAUUGAGCAGUCCGUCGACGUCCAGUCCGGAAGACAUACCAAACAAUGAGACACUUUUGUUGACCGCAAACCCAGCCAAUGAUGAGCAGAUCGAUAACGUGUCUGUGGUUUCUGGUGAUGGCUAUCAGAGUGACAACUGGUCGAUAGCCUCGCACAAGCAUCAGAGGUAA